AUGCGUUUCCACAUCCAGAUCCUCUUACCUGCCGUCUUGGCGGUGCUGGUCCACGCCGCCAAGCCUCUGGGCGACCAGGUCUGCGUCGCCACCUGCUACUACGCCCUACUCAAGGCCAAGUAUGCCGGCGCCAGCGACAAGGCCCAGACGGCCUGCACGAACCCUCUCCGCGUGCAGUCCACGUACUAUUGCAUCGCGGAGCGCUGCGCCGCCGAGAGCGACAAGGCGACCGACGAUGGCAUCGAGUGGUGGGCCGACGCCUGCAAGAAUUCCUCCAAAGUCGUCAAUGUGAAGAGCUACCGCACUGCCGUAUCCAAUGUUACAGACACCUACUUGAACAGCCUGCCCACGGUGGACCAAAAGUCCAAGCAAUUCUUCAGCGGCCCUGCACUGCCAUCGCAAGCCAAUUGGGUGUACAUGCACACGACCACUUUCCUCUAUGCUGAUGCUAGACGCUACAAUGAUGCCAUUAGGUGGUCUUUGUACGGGUUUUGGGGACUUGUUAUCCUGGUUGGUGUCUGCAACCGACUCUGGACACUCGUCUCCAGCCGUCGCACGAGAGCGUCGAUCGAGUCCCAGACUGGCGAACUCGGCGCUUGGAGAAAAAUCACAAAAUGGUUCAACCUCCAUCUCCUCCAGGCUCCCACCGGAUCGCAUCACCACCACGAGCCCUGGGGCUGGUUCACGGUCCCCCUCCGCAUCCACACCAUUGUCAUUGCCCUGUACAUUCUUCUGAAUAUCUUAGUCGUCGCAACGCGGUACCGUGUCGCAGAUGAAAAUGACUACUUCAAAAGCCGACAAACCCAGACCCUUCGUUGGAUCGCCGACCGACUGGGCACGCUUAUGGCGGCCAGCAUGCCCUUCAUCUUCCUCUUCGGCGCCCGAUCGAGCCCUCUUCCCAUCAUGACUGGAUGGAGCUACCGUACAUUCAGCGCCUUUCACCGAUGGGUGGCCAUUGUCAUGUUGGUCGAGUCCAUCUGCCAUGGCAUCGUCUUUUCCGCCUACUACGUCGACGAAAAGGGCUGGCCCGAUUAUCGCCAUCGGUUAAAGACAGAUGUCAUGUUCCGUUCAGGAAUCUUCAUGCUCACUGCCAUGGGUAUUUCGACCGCAUUUGCGCAUGCGAAGAUUCGCCAAAUGGCGUACGAGCUGUUCAAAAUUGCGCACAUUGCCAUGGGAAUCGUUUUCCUUGCAAACUAUUGGGAUCACAUCAAGGAAAAGUUUGGAGGCGACUACCGAGUCUGGACCUGGGUCUGUGUGGGCAUCUGGGCAAGCGACUAUUUCUUCCGCAUUGUCCGCAUCAUCUGGCUCAACUUCAAUGCCUUUAUCGGCAAGGACCGUCACGCCAUUGCAAGCUACAGCGAGGACACGGGUAUGAUCCGGCUGCAGGUCCAUGCCUCGGGAACCCAUUCCCACCAGAGCCCGGGCACCUACUAUCACCUGCACUUUGGAGGCUGGCGCAUUUGGGAAAAUCACCCUUUCAGUUUAGCGGGUUCGUCAGCUGAGGAGGUGCGUGAAGCUGCACCUGUUGAGACUGCAGACGCCGAGAAGAAGAACGUGGUAGUCCGCACUCAGCCCCAAGGCAAGGAGCUCCUUGGCGGCCAGUCGUACAAGACGUUCCUGAUUCGCCCACGCAACGGUUUUACCCGUCGCUUGCGCGACUCCAUCAUCAAGCAGGACCAGGCAGGACUCUCGCGGCUCCGCGUGGUGCUGGAAGGACCCUACGGCACCGGCGCCAAUAUGUCCAGUUUCAACGAGAUGCUCUUCAUCGCAGGCGGCAGCGGUAUCACGGCCAUCCUCCCCUACAUCCGCCGCCUCUUUGAAGAUGCGGCACAGGACGCGCCCUGCCCGCCCCGCGUACGUCUCGUGUGGGCUGUGCGCCGGGCUGGCUUCGCCCGGGACGUGCUGGCCAACGACCUGCGCCUGGUCGAGGCAGCCGCUAGUCUACAGGUGGACAUUUACGUGACGUCGGGUAGCGGCGACGGGGACGGCAGCGCGGCGGAGAAGGGGGACUCGGACAACACGUCGACGGACAUGGUCGACGGCAGGUUUGCGUACCGUAAGCCGGUUGUUGGGGAUGUUGUUCGUGACUUUGUCGGCGGUAUGGAGACGAACAGGGCGGCCGUGUUUGUCUGUGGUCCUGCACGGAUGGCGGAUGAGACGAGGGCGGCGGUGAGAAGGGAAGCUGACUCGAGUGCAAAGGAUGUCGAACUGUUUGAAGAAAUGUAUGGCUGGUAA